AUGACGCCUCGCCAUAGGAAAGAAUCUUCCAACACUCCUCUUUCUAGUCCACUCACAAGCGGAGGGUCAGACAGCAGGUCUACAAGUUUUUUCAUGGCCCUGAAUUCAGCUGUUGAAAAUAUGGAGCAAAGAACUCAGCAACUGGUUGACAAAAUUAAUGAGGAUCGGAAGAAAGAUCACGAGUUCAUGAAUACGUUCAGAGAAAAUCUUUUGCUAAAGGUUUCAAGCUUGGCAGAAAAGUUGGAAGAAAGGGCGUUUUAUGUUUAUGACCAUAAUAGCAAGCUAAUUCAGGACAAACUCCAAGAGUUUUCUGAAAUUAUGGAGAGGAUCAGGCAGAUUGAGACCGAGCUUAGACAAGUCUGUAACACUGUUGAAAUAUUGUAUAAAGACCUGUGCGGUCAACCUGAACUGUGAUAACAUACAGAAAAAAAAGAAAGAUACAAAAAACAAAAACAUUUGAACCCAUGUGUUAUUUGGGUUCAUGCAAUUUGUAAUGUAUGUUUAUUUAGAAUGGAAAUAAAUAUUCAGAACUAUUUGAAAUUAAAUAAAUAUUUCUAAUGUUGACUAUAA